AUGCGGUCAAUCUGCGGCUUUCUUUUCCUUCAAGCUGUGUUCAUUGGUUUUGCCCGACACACCAAAGUAACUGCGACGAGGCAUUGCCCCAAGUUUACUUCUUGUAUUGACAGCUAUGCUGACAUUUAUAAAUCACUAGCAUCAGAGGAGAACAGUUUCAACAUUGAAUCAGCUCUUUAUCCAGCAACGAUGCCAUCAUCACUUGUAGUUAAAGUAGAGUUCAUUACACACAAUGAAACAUCAGUGGCAAAUUACACUUGGAGUUUAAACUGUUUAUAUGUUGCUAUUCCUCCGCAAGUCCUCCAACUCCUGUCGCUUGGCUCAGUUCUUGUUGAACCACGCACACAAGAGCUGAAAAUCUGCAUCCCCUAUUUCUGUAGAAAUUUUUCAUCGACCAAGGAACAAAACGACCUCAUGAAAGGUGUUCUCUCUGCGGUACGUAAUUUCACAUUUAGUGUUUGUCAUAUACCAACAUAGUGUGUCAUAUACUAACAAAUUUGUAAAAAAACGUUUUUGGGCUAAAUGGAUUUUCUAUCAGACAUCUGCAUUGAUGACCACUGAUAAUUCCGUCCUGUCUGUACACGAACAAAUCUUCGCCGGGGAUAUAAUCACUUACGCCACCAGUAGCUGUCACAAUGUUUUUAACUUCAGUUCCUUUCAACAUUUCUGCAAAGGCGAGGUUUGCGAUUUGUAGCGUACUGCAGAAGUGGCAGUAAAACUUUCGAGAUCUGUACAGCCCUUACAGCUGUAGAAGGCACAAGUGUAAUAAUUGGACUGAUUGGACCCAAGUGUAGAGGUCCCAUCUGUAAUAACAUUUUGAACCCAAGCGUAAUAAAGGUCCUAUCUGUAAUAACAUUUGGACCGUCUUCAGCUUGUCUUACUUUGCUUAUAAUUAGCGCGACAUUUUGGAGCUCUUACAUUGAAAUUCUCACCUGACACCACUACGACCCAAAAGAUGGCCAAUUUGCAAAAUAUUGUCACGCGCCUCUGUAUCAUUGUUCUCAGCUAGUCUUAUGGUGCUUAUCAUACAGCGAUAUUUUGGAGCUCUUGAAAGAUAGUGAGAGACACCUCCGAAUAAAGAUAACAUAAGAAUUUUUACGUUAUAACUAGUAAUAGCCAAAGGUUACGGAGUGCGGGCGAUAACGAUCGAAGGUUUUGCUCCAGCGCUGUGCGUUGCGUACGUUUCACGUGACAGAUGGUCAAAACACGCGUGAUAGGAUUACGAGUGAUAGAAGGUCCAAACGCACGUGAUCAAAUUGUGUUCUGUGCAUUCCAUUCAUUCUUAGUGGAAGUCCAAACGAAAGCUGACUACAUACAUGCGAUGCGUGCGUAAUAACAACCUUGACAUUAGGAUUGCAAGCUCCUCUUGUCGCCCGCAACAACAAAAAACACUCUCGUAAGAACGCAGUAAAGCAGUACUGAGCACAUAUUUUCUUUGGUUAAUAGUUCAAAGUGACAAUGGCCUUUUUUUUAAUGGCCAGUUCCGUUUAUCUAAUAGUAAAUACUUUUCUAGCCAAACUACUACUGUACGUGUAAAAUUCAGUUUGACAGUGACGUGAAAGCCAUGUGGCAGAGGUUGGUUUCCGCAGGUCACGUGAUUUUACACUCUUUACCCUUUAUUGGCCAUAAUUUGUUGUUGGUAUAUUACCACUUUGAGUAUAAAGGUAACUUUUACAAAUACGGCCUUUAUUACACUUGAGUCUAAAUGUUAUUACAGGUAGGACCUUUAUUACGCUUGGGCUCAAAAUGUUAUUACAUUAUUACGGACGAGACUUUUAUUACGCUUGGGUCCAAAUGUUAUUACAGAUGGGACCUUUAUUACACUUGGGUCCAAUUAUUACACAUGUGCCUUCUAGCCCCCGAAAUGAUCCCGACCCCGAAAUGAUCCCCAACCUUGAAAUGAUCCCGGAAUGAUCCCCAUUUCUCUUCAUGUUGACCCCGAAAUGAUCCCCAAUUAAUUCUUGGAAUGGAACUUGUAUUCCAUCACGGAAUUAUUACAAAUCUGUUGCAGAGUUUACGUUCUUAAAUCGCGUUUAACAUUUCGCUUCAAAUUGAAAACGUUACAGUCAAGAACAGUAUUUUUCCUUCUUCCCUUCCCACGAGACCCCGCACGCGCCUCAACCUAAUCCCCAAUCGUCUCUCAUCCCAAAAAACCCUAGAUAACUAACCACGUCAUAUUAUGUAAUUUCCGGUCAUAAUUUUACUUCAUAAAUAUUUCUGUGAAUUCGUGAUGUCUCAAUAAACCUGAUAAAGACUGGUAUUGGCCAGUCGAAAUAUCGCAACUUAACUCUAUUUCACAUUCAGAUCAGUCUCUGCAAAAGUCUUCUUGACGUUUUCAAUUUGAUCUAUUUUGACUGAUCACGAUCUUUUUGGAUCCGACGUUGAGCAAGAUUGAUCGUACACGGUAUUUGCAGUGUUUUUUUUUACGUUAAUUAAACAUUUCGCUAGAGUUUAUGUGAUUUUUUAGCGCUUUUGUGAUCUAAUCGCCUUUAUGUAUACUUUUGCAUCUUCAACAUCAUUUUAAGAUUUUAAAAAGUGUUAAAACACCAUUUUUAAAAUUCAAUAUCCAAGGCAUGCAGUUUUAACAUCAUUUUUAGAAUUUAACAUCUCUUCAGUUUUCUCUAUAACCCGGGCUAUUAUCACCUAAGUAAUAAUUUAAAAAAAUGUUAUGUUUCUUGAUAUUAUCAGUUGCAGUUCAUGGUGUUCCUAAAAAUAUACUAGACUUUGUGUAUUUUUUGAUAAUAAUAUUUUCCGGCGUUUAAUCCAGUUCAAAGUGUAAUCCCAAAUUAAUGUCAUGUGGGCAAGUAAAGAUUAUUAGUAAAGCUUAAGUUAUAAUGUUGUGCGCAUUUUGCACGAUCCAUAGUUCUAGGAUAUCAUUCCAUUCCUAAAAUUAAAUGGGGAUCAUUUCGGGGUCGAUUUGGGGAUCAUUUCAUGGUUUGGGAUCAUUUCGGGGUGGGGAUCAUUUCGGGGGCUGUACAGAUCUUUUUCCGUUUAACAAAAAAAAAGUCGUAUAGCCCCUUUACCACAAAUAUGUAACUUGCACAGCUCAGUUUUGGUUAUUUCUUCCAGGGCCAGCAUAAAUUGUUCACCGAUGUUAUAUUGGUUGUUUAAUGUUUUUUGUUUAAAAGUUUUACAUUUAAAACUGGCAAACGUGCAUCAAUUCAAAUUCAUCAGAACCGUAUAGGUGCUAAAAAGAGCUUGUUCAACCAGUUCCGGUUUUAUUAUAUUACUGAUACGAAUGUUCCGAUAAAACAUUACAGGAAUAGCCUGGAAUACGACCUUAAUGCUAUUAUUCAACUAAUUUAAACUUGUUUCUUCACCUUAGCUUCAAGAUCUGGCCGUGAGUCCAGGAAUACGGGAUCCAAGACUAAACACAGUAGAGUGCGUUAUAGAGGGACAUGAAACAGACAUAAUGGCUACCGGACCCCGGCGAAGUUCCUACAUAACAGCAAUUUUAUGGUGUGCUUUUUUAUUUUCAUUCUGGGCUGGUCCUUUUAUAGCCGAGGUUAUUAUAGGUGUGUUAAAGGGAGAAAAUAAUGAGUCUCUCUAUUGCUGGGGUAAAUGUGUUCGUGUACAACGUUCCCAAGCUUCAACCGCGGAGACCGCACUACCAUUAAACUCCCCUUCAGAACCUCCGCAAUCAGGCGCGUCUCCAGACUCAGGAGAAAACGGCAUCAUAAGAUCUGUUGUCUGUUUAUUCCAUAUAUUAUUUUGCAUUGAGAUUGUGAUAUUAGUAUUUGUGUUUAGAUUUUCCAUAUUAGGAAAUGCUCCGAAGCACAUUUAUAUAACGCUCGGCCCGCUAAUUUUAGAAGGUAUAGUAUUAACGUGCGUCGAAAAAUGCCCAUGUUGUGAAUAUAACUCAUGUAACGCGUGUAUAAAAGCUGUCAUAAGAUUUUCUGUAACCCUUACUGUUUACCAUUUUUGUUGGCUGGUGAUCGGAAUUAUGAUUAAUCCAGUAUGGGGACUAGCCGUUUGUUUGAUGGCCUGCAUUUUCGUCCUCGCGUUAACCUUUAUACUCUACCAGAUUUUUAAAUUAGAAGAUUGGCAAUGCGGUGGACCGUGCAUAAAACACAUCUUCAUAUGUUUUGGUACGUUUUGUGGUGGUUGCUCUUUUGUCGUGUUAGCAGUUUUGGCGGGGCAGUCGUUUUAUGGUAGGGAGACUGCGGAUGAGCUGGUGAAAACUGUACUGUUGUAUGUUAUCAGCGGUUUUAUUUCAUGGUUGUCUUGGAAAGGUAACAGUUAG